AUGUUAUUGAAGUACCCCAUCGGUCCCACGGAAACAGAACACUGCAUUGAGUCGCUCCUUGCCAUUUUCCAGUGCUAUGCUGGCUGGGAUGGCAAUGCCUCUUCACUGUCCAAAAAGGAGUUCCUGACCUUCAUGAACACGGCAAGUUCCAGGAAGGAUCAGAAGGACCCAGGCGUCCUUGAUCGCAUGAUAAAGAAGCUCGACAUGAACAAUGAUGGACAGCUGGACUCUGGCAAGUUCUUGAACCUUAUUGGGGCUCUCGCCACGGCCUGCCACAGCCACGUGUUGACAUCCUCACUGGUGGUAUCCCCAAAACCAUGA